AGUUGUUAAUUGUCAUUGGUGUUUGAUCUCUGCUGACUUUGCGUUUGUAUUGCUUUUAUUUUUUGUUUUUUCAUAAUUUCCUAUCCAAAACGAAUGGUUUGCAAAGAUCUUUAUUAUUAGGAUGACCAUGGAAAGGAGGAUUAAGUUAAAAACUUUAAACAGUCAUAUUACUUGUAAGAUUUGCCGCGGAUACUUCAUCGAUGCUACUACGGUCACUGAGUGUCUUCAUACGUUUUGUAAAAGCUGCCUUGUGAAACAUCUGGAGGAAAAUAAUACAUGUCCAACAUGCAACAUAGUGAUACACCAAUCACAUCCACUACAGUACAUCAGUUUCGAUCGCACCAUGCAGGACAUUGUAUACAAACUAGUACCAGACCUUCAGGAUAAUGAAAUUAAGAGAGAACGAGAUUUUUACCGUGCAAGAGGUUUACCAUGUCCUAAGGAUGCUGCUCUAGCUGCAGACAAACCUGGUGCAGGAGAUGAGCCAGAACAGCAAGAUAAUAGUGAUUGCCACAGGAAAGAUGAACAGGUGAAUGUAUGUUUGGAGUGCAUUUCAACAUCAUUGAGAACACUAAAGCGUGGUUUUAUCAGAUGUUCAGCACAGGCAACUAUCACACACCUUAAGAAAUUCAUAGCUAAGAAAAUACUAAACGGUAUUGAGAAAUAUAGAGACAUUGACAUUUUAUGUAAUGAUGAAUUACUAGGUAAGGACCACACAUUGAAAUUUGUUUACGUCACUAGGUGGAGGUUCCGAGAUCCACCACUUCGGUUACAGUAUAGGCCCAAAAUAGACAUAUAGUUUUACAAUAUAAGAAGAUUUAUAAUAUUUACAAUAGAACUCAUUUUUAUGCAGUUAGGUUUUAACCAAAAUGUGAUAGGGAGUUGUUUCUUUUAUGACCACAUAUUGUAUUAGAUUUUAAGCUCCUAUUGUAGUUACAAUCACGUUAUUGGAAAUGUUUACAGUUUGUGUAAUCAUGUAUUCCCAUAUAAGAUUGCAGGUUGACUGGGAUUCUUAAAACUUAUAGUAAAGUAUACUUUACAAUAUGGUUUAGUUUUUAAAGAAAAUCAAUAAUUAUGAAUAAUAUCAGUUUUGACUUUUUCUUGUCCAGCACCGAUGUCUGCUGUCCUGGUAGAUCAAAAAUGUAUCUAGAUUUUAAUUACCUCAUCAUGUGACAAUGACAUCAUACAAACUAAAAUAUAGUCUGUCAUUUAAAAUCUUUGAUACAAAUAUAGAAUCAGUCCUAUCAUGUUAGACUAAGUUUGCACUACUAGUAAGAACUAUAUUGUUCUGUAAAUAUGUAUUAUUUUUUGUUACUCACUUUAGAUAUUAACUUAAUUAAAACUAGCAACAACUUAAUUCAAGGCUUCCUAUCAUACAUUUAUUGAUUUUGAGAGAAAAAUUAUCUAGCUAUAAUUUGAUAGUUCAAAUUUUUUAGGUUUCUUAAUUUUCCUAGACAAUAUUACUUAUAAGCCAGCAUAAAUUAACACUGUAAAUAAUAAAUGUAUAGCAAACUAUAUAUAUACAUAAAUACCUUUUGUAUUUUUGAUGUGGUUUAAAUUAUGUACAAGUUGACAUGACUAUACAUUACAUUGUUUCAAAUGCAUUACCACAAUCAACCGCCUUUGAUCUUUUCUAAAUUUGCAAGUUUAACAAAGCAAUUGAUGCUCUCUUAUUAUGAAUAAGAAGCUUAAAAUUCAUGGUAAUACAGAAAUUGUCACAGGCAAGUUUUUAAUGUUUCAUUAUAUGUCAAUUUAUAAUGUAUAAAUACAGCCACUGUAUAAUUUUGUAUAAAUUAUAAUAUCUUCCAAAUGUAUUUCGGCUCACUGCGCUUUAAUUAUUUUUAUGUCCUUAGUUUAUUUUAUUAGUUCAAUGUUCCAUAUUUGUUAUUGUUGUAACUGCGUCAAAUUUUCGAAGUUCAACAGAAAAGAUUAUUUAGUUAUAAAAAUAUUUAAUUUGACCACAGUUUUGUGAAAUAUAU